UGUCAGCAUGUCCUCCCGGCUGCAGCAGCAGCUCCUCUUCUCUCUCUCCGGGCUUCUGGCCCUCUCGUCGGGGCUCCUCUCGGCGGUGAGCUCCGGUCUCCCCCUGUGGCUCCGGGGCUCAGUGCUAUGCCUCACCGGGGCUGAGCUGGUCAACGCCUCCGGCCCCGAGCUGGACAAGUUCAGGGGGGAGCUGAGCUACGGACUGCUGAUGGGCCGCAGGGUCAGGCAGUGUGGUCUGGGGGGCCGGGCCUCAUCCUUUUACUUCUUCCCAGAGCUGUUGAGCGCCAUCCCAGUGGGCCUCCACGUCAGCGUCCUCUUCUUUUGUGGUGUGGUGGUUCUCUUCUCCUCUGUGGGCUCCGGCUUCUUCUUCUUCAACGCGUUCGGACGGCCCUACGAGACGCUGCAGGGACCUCUGGGGCUCUACCUGUGGACCACCAUCAGCUGUGUGAGCAGCUGUCUGGUGAUGAUCCUCUUUGCGUCGGAGGUGAGUUUGAGUCACCUGUCGGACCGGAUCGCUAACUUCAACGAGGGGAGUUUCGUGUAUCAGACGCACAGCGAGCACUUCGGACGCUGCUUCUGGCUCUUCUUCCUCGUCUUCUUGCUGCACACCAUCAACUUCCUGCUGAUCCGCCUGACGGGGGUCCAGUUCCCCUUCAGGGGCAAAGAGGUGGACCCGAGCGGGGGGGCAGCAGACCUCAUGUACUGAUGGGGGGGCAGGGGGGAGCCUAUUAGGGACAAAAGACGGAUGACAGACGGUCACAGCGGCCAUGUUAACAGAAACCCAUGUUAUGUCAGAUGUAGGCGAUGCUAAUGCUAAUGCUAGUGCUAAGAGACAGAGGAAGUGUUUUAAAGCUUAAGAUCAGUUUGAUCUUUUAACUGUUUUAUAAAAAGGUCUCUUUAUAAACUGUUAUUAACUUGAAUAACAAUGACUCAUGUUUUUAAUACAGAUUCCUUAUAUUUUAUUCAGUAACCUUUUCACUGUUUACAGUUGAAUAAACUAUAAGAAUAAUGUCUGUGUUCGC